GACGCGGCGCGGUGGCCGCCGCGCUCGCUGCGGCCGCGGCGCCGACGGCCCUGGGCCUGCUCCCGCGGCGCGAGCGCCGUGGCGAUCCGGCGCAGGGGCACGAGGACGGCCAGCGUCCCGCGCUGGGGCCACGCCGCUCCGCCCUCGGCGUCCGCGGUCGGACCAGACCCGCCGCCUGCGCGGGCCCCGCGGAGGCCGAGAGCGCCGCCCCCUGGCCGUCCCUCGGGAGUUGCCAGGCCUGCUGCUCCUGCUGGAGGGUGCGGGUCUCGCCCGUGAGGGCCCUCACAGGCGUCGUGGUCCCCGUGGCGCCCUCGAGCGCGGCGGCGCCGCCGGCGCCAGAGCGCGUCCACCGGGAGGGCGACACCGUGAUCCACUAUGGGGGGCGGCGCCGGAUCCGAACGACUCAACGUACGAGGGGCAGAUGCUGGACGGAAAGCGACACGGCUUCGGCACGCUGA